AUGGCCCAGUGGCUGUGGCAUCCAUCCAAUCCUCACCGCUCGCACACCAGAGAGCAUAGCAAUACGCGCCGCCCGCCUCCUCUUUUGCCCCCGAGCCCGCAUCUCCGCCUCUCCGCCGCGACGCCUGCCCAGCUCCCAGCCUGCGCAGCUGCGUGGCACAGCAUCAUGGUCAACACCAGGCUGCACGCCGCGACUUGGCCUGAUGCCGAUGCUCCCACCCGACUCGCCGUCAUGCCCAUCGCCCUCGGACAUGAACCCUUCCGCAGCGCGCAGGGUGCUGAGAAACGGAUUCAUCAGCUCUGUGUUAUCUCUGCGGCGCAUGAUCUCGCCUUACCCCGCCAUUCCUACCCAAGGCUGACCCUGUCCAAGCCACCCUCGCCCUCAACCCCUCUACUACUAGCAUACCAUACCACACUAUGCCUCCCGCCGGCAUCCUCAACAAAACCCGUCCCCACGCGGAGAGGGGCUCCCACGUCUUCCUUGCCGAGCACACGGCACACCGACUCACGUCUGUCCGGUCCACUACCCACCCUACAACCAGCCGAUGCAGACAGACCAGGUUGCAAUUGCAAUCGCCAUCAAUCCACCCUCUGCCUCCUGAAACACGCUUCUCGAUACCCCACACUGCCUCUUGUCCAACACCGCAGAGAACCACUUCUGACGCGUCUGGACCAGGACCGCCGCUUGGUGAGACAGUACCCCGCAGCACAUGUCUACGGGAGCCGAACACAUUUUGUUGCUACGCCAACUAUUGCUUCUGCACACGAUGAGGCUCUCUGCCCGCAGGCCUAG